CCGGGGCCGCCGCCCGCGGAAGAUGUGGGCGCGCGUCUGGGGGUUCCUGUACAGCAAAUACUUUCGCUUCUGGCUCAAGUGGAUCCUCCGGCUGCUGACCGGCAAGUGCGAGCUGCAGCGCCUCCUGGGCCGCGCGGAGGCGGGCGCGCGUCGGACGCUGAGCGUAGAAUAUUCACUGGAAUCAUCCAAAAAUAAGGUUUUGAGAGAUGCUGUACACGUUGAAGAAGCUCAGGUGGAGAAGUGUGUCAGAGAUGUGAUGAAAGAAAAGAAGAUUGAACAGAACGAUACAAGGUUUAAGACAAAUUUGCAUGUAUCCUUGCUACAGAUAUCAGGUUAUAAAAAACUGUAUUUGAAUGUGGAAAACCUAAGGAAGGUCCCGUAUGAUUCAGAAAAUGAAGAACACGAGGAACAGUUAAUUGAGCUCUGGAAUUUGCUGAUGCCUCACGAGAACCUGAAGGCCAGAAUCAGCAAACAGUGGUGUGACAUCGGCUUCCAAGGCGACGAUCCCAAAACAGACUUCAGAGGAAUGGGGCUGCUGGGCUUAGUGAAUCUGGUCUAUUUUAGUAAGCAUUACACCAAUGAAGCUCGUCAGAUCCUUUCUCGGUCCAAUCACCCAAAGCUGGGAUACUCCUAUGCCAUAGUUGGGAUCAAUCUGACAGAGAUGGCGUACAGCUUGCUCAGGAACGGGGCUUUGAAGGCUCAUCUCUACAACGUGGUGCCGGGGUUGCCACAGAUGGAGCACUUCCAUCAGUUUUACUGUUAUCUGGUUUAUGAGUUCGACAAGUUCUGGUUUGAAGAGGAACCAGAGAGCAUUAUGCACUUCAACCAGUACAGAGAGAAAUUCCAUGAAAAGAUUAAGGGACUUCUGCUGGAUCACAAUGUGGUACUGACCUUACAAGAUACAAAGAAACCUUAAUUUCUCUGCAGUAUAUGAGGUUCUGUAUCAAAAAUUGAAUGAUGCAUUUGGAUGGAAGUUUUGUGUGUUUCACCAAAAAUUGACUAACAAUGGAAUUUUUUUUUUAACGUUUAAAAAAAAAAAAAAAAAGAAAAUUAGCAAAAUUCAGUUAAGAAAGCUUGGACAAUCAACCUCUGUUUACAGGUAUUUUUAUGCUAUUCUCCAAAGGGCAGCUUUUUGCAAAGGAAGUGAAACAAAACCCAACCAACAAACCAACACAAAAAAACAGCCCACAAAUCUCAAGAACCUCUGGAUUGCUUACUUUUACAAUUUUUUUAUACUUCUUGGUGCAGGAACAUGAAGCAGGUAUUUAUGCUGCAUCAUAUUUUCUAUGAAUGGGUUUGACUGUUAAUUGUCUUUUAAAAGACAGUUUAAGUUCAGCUUUUCAAAUUUGAAUUUAAAUUCCAACCUUUUAACGCAACGGUUAAAGUUAAGCUUUUAGUUGAAGUUAUUGUGGUUUUAGAUUUUUUGUAUCAUUCACUCAACAGUGUUAAAUUUCUCUGUAAUUAAGAGGUCCUCAAAGGAGACAUAUUAUUUGUUUAUCAUUUUGGAGAAGAGACUUAAUCCAUCAGCAUAUUGAUGUACUCACUAGAAAUUACUUCUGCCUAAGGAAGUUUAUCUGUGGAUUUGUACCAGCCAGUUCCUGUGCUUGGAAGAAGUUUAGUUUGCAAACAAACAAAAAGAACCACGUGUCAUCAGCGUGAGGAUAAGAUCCUCAGGCUAAAGCUACUCUUUCUGAAAGUAUUCCUGUUGUAAAAACUUUUAAUUCUUUCUAACCUGACUUCAAAUGCUGAGGAUGAUUGACUCAGAAUCUGUUGUCAGCCCUUUUCUUUUGGCAGCUAAGGGGGAGUUCUUAGUGGGAGGUACAACAGAUCUACUUUAGCCCUUUUAUAACGUUUAAAAAAAACCCCUUUAUUGCAGCUGCAGCCUUUAUCUUGUAAAAAUAAGUUCACAUCUGAGUACAAGUCAAAAAAAGAUGUAUUUUCCAUGGAAGGGAUGCAACUUUGAUGUGUUCCUUAUUCUUGCCAUCCUCAGACAAUCUAAUAGAUAGAACUUCAUGUCUGUACUGUGACUAAUUAUUGCUUAGAGCAACUUUAAAUGGAUUUGGUAUGACCAUCCCUUUGUUUUCUAAGACUUUCUAUUAAAUAAGUGCCUUCUGCUGUUUUCAAUCAGUUUUUUAUUUUGAUUCUUCUAGCUAGAUCACAGCCUUAGGAACUUGAGUAAUUUGAGAAAGAUUUUUUCACUACGUACCUAAAUAGCUCACAAAAGUGGCACAAAAUUUGUAUGCUGAUACAAACUAUUUCAUAUAUUCUUUUUUUUAAUCAUCUCAGGUAAACUAGUUAAUUUUUAAAGUUAAUUUCUAAUCAAUGACUACCCCAAAAGAGAUUCCUAAAGAAUAUAAGCAUUGAACACAGUGAAUGGAAGCAUGAGG